AUGCAAGACUUGAGAGCAAAGCUGGUGCAUUGGUUGACUGCGCUGGUAUCAUUGAAGAACACAGGAAUCCCAUCGGCCACAGAAGUCCUUCACCUGUUGCUCCGGGAACUCUGGGCUCGGAUCACAGGCGGCGGCUCCAAGUUGUGCGACCAGGAGAUAUCGCGGUUGGAGCAUUUGUGCGCUUUGAUUCAAAAAGCCUCCGAAGAGUGGGACCAAGUCAAGAACCGCAAGAACCCCGACCAACCGAUCAAUUGGUGUCGCCACUUUUGCAGCCCAAUUUGUGCACUCAAGGCAACUUGUGGUGAAGGUCCUCCUGGUCCAGUGGAGUACGAUUUGUCCCUUGAGGACUUGAAAGAUCUCAAAGUGCAAGCGCAAAGCAUACUCGCAAGAAGGGGAGUUACUGCUGCAACUCCGCAGGGCAGGAGAAGUGCCGAAGUGGCACAGGAAGUGCCGGCACAAAGCAUGACUGAGGAGAAUGAACUGCUAAGGAUGAGGGAAGAACUCCAGGAGUUGAAGGAUGGCAGCUUGAGUGUCAAGCGAGAAGUGAUGGAGUUGCAGCAGGACCAGUUGGAGUUGCAGAAACUGAAGUCGGAGAAUGAGAACUUGAAAUGCCAGGUGAAGCAACUCGAGGACACGUUCCAGCGAUUGGAACAAGAGGCCUUGACCGGCAAGGAGCAUCGGCAGAAGUGGGAGGAGGAACGGCUCAAGUUGAGGGAAGAGGUAUUGGAAGUGAAAGGUGACAAGUUGCAGAUGAAGGAAGCUCUCGUGGUGUUGAGGGAGGAGCUGAUCGAACUGAAGUCCAGUCUGAAGCCGCAGAACAAGCAAGAAGAAUGCCAGGCUCCAUCCGUGCAAAAGUCUGCGGCUCUCACGACUGUUACUUCUGAAGAUGAAGACAGCGAUGCUGACUCUGGGUCUAUGGUCACAGACUGCUCCAAUGACUCAUGGAUCUUUGUGACUUCAGACCCAUGCUGCGUUGUGCCGGAGACCUGUUUUGAGGUCAUUUGCCAAGACUUUGGAAAAGCCUUCGUUCCGGCCAGGUCUUUGUUUCAAGGAGCCAAAGUGGUCGCCGCCAAUGGAAGAGAUGUUGUCGAAGUGCUUCACCCUCCGGAGCAGCAUCAGAUCCCGUCCGUCAUCGAGCUGCGCGCAGGAAACACGUGUUUGGUGGUGAGCCCAGAUCAUCGCAUCAGCGUCCCUGGAAGUAAGACUGUGAAGGCCGAAGACUUGCGCCGAGGGAGCAAAGUGAUCCUGAAAGAGACCGAAACCACCCUUACACAUGUGGAAAGGAAGAAUGAACCAACUAUCGUGCUAAAGUUGGCCUUUAAGCCGGAUCAUCCAGUGGCUGGGUUCACUCCGCAAGAUGCCAUCCUCAGCAAAGGUUCUCGUGAUAGACCUCCAGUGCGCCGUGGCCUGAAGAGGAAGAAGGCUUUGCCAAAAGCUCAUAGUGGCCACAUCAUGCCAGAUGCCGAGAACCGCCAGACCUCACAGGCUGAGGAGGAUGAAGCUGUCCCGGACGACGGUCAUGGCCACGCCUCGUAUGCUUCGGAUGGGCGCACUGUCCCAGUCGACUGCCAAAGCUCCGGCAGUCUUCGCACUGAUGACAGUUUGACAUUGAAAUAG